AUGAGGAGAGGUGUCACGUGGGCUAACCUGAGCCUGUCUGUGUGUUUUUGUACAGUUCAGCUGUCUAUACACGACACACACUCUGUAAUUGUCUCCUUCCUGCCGUCUGUAACUGUGGUGAGAAGAGCCUCCAGGACAAAUGGACACUAAUUUAGCCGCCGUGAUUUAUGGGCCUGGGGACCUACGAAUGGAGGAGUAUCCGGUUCGCAACCCAGGACCUGGAGAGGUGCAGCUGUCCAUACGCUGUUGCGGCCUGUGUAGGACAGAUGUCCACUUUCGAGACUUUGGGUCAGUGGGCCAUCACAAAGUGGGAAGUCCCUCAGUUCUUGGUCACGAGAUAAGUGGAGUGGUCAAUAAACUUGGUCAAGGAAUUGUCCAUCUCAAGGAAGGCGACCCGGUGACCGUGGACAACGUGGUGUGUUGCGGUCAGUGCAGGCAGUGCCGGCGAGGGAGGCAAAAUCUGUGCGAAGUCCAACACAUGGUUGGCAUCCCUCCCAACGAUGGAGGACUGAUGCGGUGUCUGACACUCCCAGCUCGCAACGUCUACCGACUGCCACAAACAGCUGACUUUGAGGAGGGCGCCAUGAUGGAGCCCCUGUCGGUGGCUGUCCACGCUGUCAACAGAGCAGCAGUUGGCCUCGGUGACCUCGUUGUGGUGCUGGGGGCAGGUCCCAUCGGUCUUCUGGCCCUCCAGGUGUCACGUGCACGAGGCGCAGCACAUGUCUGCGUGACAGAUGUGAACAACGAGAGACUAAAGCUUGCACUCAAGUUGGGGGCCAGUUGCAUUGUACAGUUGGAAAGCGUUGAGACCGAUGCCCAAGUAGCUGCGCGGAAAGUCCAGGAGACUUUAGGAGAGGCCCCGGAUGUGGCCUUAGAAUGUUCUGGAGCAGCCUUCUGUCUGCAGACUGCGAUUUUGGCCGUGAGAAUGGGGGGAGUGGUGGCAGCCGUCGGCUUUGGACCUGAAAGUGUCGACAUUCCUGUAAUGGAGGCGGUGGUGAGAGAAGUGGAUAUCCGGGGCUGCGUAGCUAAUAACAACUGCUUUGCAGCCUGCGUAUCCAUGCUGGAAAAUUCACAGGUGAAGAUCAAGCCCAUUAUCUCUCAUCGUUUCCCUCUUGAAGAAGUACCGCAUGCUCUGGAUGUCGUCAGAAAGAGACAAGGGUUAAAAGUCAUCGUCAACUGUGGAAGAGACCUCGUCAACGGUCCACAGACGCCUUAGUCUAACAUUAUUUUUAGGUUCAUACACGCAGCACAUGCUUAUUUAUUUAUGUACCUGUAAAAUCACCUGUCUCUCGAAAUGGGCCAAUGGCCUAAUGAAUAUAUUUCUUUCUUUUUAUUUUCUUAAAUGACAUGCACGAUUUCUAAUAUUCAAAGUUUGAAAAAACCUUUUUUUCUCUUUCGUUUGUAGUUUCAAGAAAAGCACAAAUAAUCUCUGGUGAAAGCUGUUAACUAAAUGCAAUCAUUCUCACAGCUUGAUUAUGUCAGCAGCACUUCAAGGAGACACGAGACCAAGCCUGGUUUAUGAUCGUCCAUAAUUUUCCAGGCAGCACUGAAGUAUUCAGACAUGUGCAAAAGUAACUCCUGCCAGGAAGAGGAUGGUGGAGGGAUAUGUAAUUUGGCGAGAAACUCUGUGUAUGAGGCUAAACCUCAAAAAAGUCGCAACACCACAACAAAGCAAAUACUUUCUUGUACAAGCGAACUAUGUAUCAACGAAUUCUUACUUUUAUUAUAAUCUUUGUUAAAGAAUAUUUGUCUUGUUUUUAGACUGGUUAGUAAAAUUAUUUUAUUGAGAGGUAAUCAGUAUUCCAAUAUAGCCGAGGGUGUUGGGCUGUGUUGUUGUCCUUGAUUAGUGAUUAAUUAAAUACAGUUUGAACUUGUUUUCAUAAAAAUUCCGAUACACUGUAAACCAGAAAAAUAUUUUUACACAAAAUAAACAAAAUUUUGGAA